UAUAUAUAAUUCAUUAACAAAUAUCCUAUAUAUAAUAAAAAUUUAUUCAUCAAGUGGCUCAAGUGGAUCAUCAAGUGGAGUACUUUUCCCACCUCUUUUGACAUCUUUAGCCAAUUUAAAAGCACUCCUUUUGGAUUUAAACCUUUCACUCCCAUAAUUCUCUCUUAUAAAGAAAUAGAGGAGGUAAAUAUGACUGUUAAUUGAUUUUAAGAUAAAAGUUUAUUAGAAAAUUGAUAGUAUGUAAGAAUUCAAACAUGUCAUACGUAUACCCAUUCUUAUGUUAGUUCCUAUCGAGAAAGAGUGGGAAUGGUUUUUUCUUCUUCUUUGAAAUCACGAUCCUCUACCAUUUUUAACAAAUCUUUUAGUUGACUUGGAUUGUUGUAGCCCAUAGGAAACUAUUUCCUAUUAAAUUACUACUAUUAUAAUAUGAAUCAUAUUCUUUUAAUAUAAUCCAUUGCUGCAAGUGGCUAUGGAUCAUUAUGAGUUAACCUCUUUCAUGGGUAGUUCUUAUGUAAAACGUUCCAAACAUAAAUUAUCAGGACAGAGCAGCCAUGUCUGACGUUUUACCUUAAUUUAUUCAGGGCGGCCAAUGCUAAUGGCCAUCCCAUUGACCCCAAUACGACCCAUGUUCGUUUUAUUUCUUCUUCAUAUCUCUCCAAAUUCUUUCCUCAAUUCUUUACUUCUUGACCACAAUGUUCUUUUCUUUUCCGUUUCUUUCUUCAUUACUUCUUGCAUCCACCGCCGUUUGGGCGGCUGCUUCGGCGGGGUUGCAGAGUCUUACUCCUGGAAACUCCAUCGCCGUUGAGGAUGAGAAUCAGUUCCUAAUAUCACCAAAUGGAACUUUUUCAUCUGGGUUUUAUCCUGUGGGCAACAAUUCUUAUUGCUAUUCCAUUUGGUACACAAAAAGCUUCGAGAAAACUGUAGUAUGGAUGGCAAAUCGAGACAAACCAGUUAACGGUGCGAAAUCCAGAUUGACACUCAACAUCGAUUCCAAUUUGGUUUUAACUGAUGCAGAUGGCACAAUCGUUUGGUCCACCGAUACAGUUUCUAAUGGUGAAAUUCAACUCCGACUUCUUGAAACUGGAAAUCUCGUAGUAAUGAAUCAAUCCCAAAAUUUCAUUUGGCAGAGCUUUGAUUUCCCUACAGAUACUCUGCUUCCACAACAGAGGUUUCUCAAGACAUCAACUUUAGUCUCAAUGCAAAAUCGAGGUGUAUAUUUAUCAGGAUUUUACUUCUUCAAAUUCAACGAUUACAAUGUAUUGAAUCUCUUAUACAACAGUCCUUCACUUUCCGGUAUCUAUUGGCCUGAUACAAUGGUGACGGUUUUCGUCAAUGGUAGAUCUCCAUAUAACAGCUCCAGAAUUGCAAUUCUAGACGAAAUGGGUGGGUUUGAAUCCAGUGACAAGUUGAAAUUCAAUGCCACGGAUUAUGGGUUAGGUCCGAAGAGGAGAUUAACGGUUGAUUUUGAUGGGGUUUUGAGAUUAUAUAGCUUGGUUGAAUCAACUGGCAACUGGACAGUCACGUGGAUUCCUUCAGGUGCGCGUAUCGAUCCCUGUUUGGUUCAUGGGUUAUGUGGGGAUUAUGGUAUUUGUGAAUAUGACCCAUUACCGACUUGUUCUUGCCCUCCUGGUUUCAUUAGAAACGAUCCUUCAGAUUGGACUAAAGGGUGUAAACCACUUGUGAAUUUGACUUGUAAUUCUAUUAAUCCUUCCAAAGAAAUGGAUUUCAUUGCUCUUCCUAAUACGGAUUACUUCGGCCAUGAUUGGGGUUAUGUAGAUAAAUUCUCCAUUGAAAUGUGUAAGGAUUGGUGUCUUAGCAGCUGCGAGUGUACAGGAUUUGGGUACGCACUCGAUGGUACAGGACAAUGUUAUCCCAAAAUGGCUCUUCGUAAUGGGUAUCGAAAGCCCAGUACGGCUGUGCGUAUGUUUAUUAAGGUCACGAAAGAUGAGUACUCAUUGUCGUUGGCGCUACGACAUUCAACAAAUGAAUUGAAUUGCUCCGUUUCACAGAUUGUUUUAGGGACAGAGCAUGUGUAUGCAGAGAAGAGUAAUAAGUUUCGAUCAAUGGGAUUGUUAGUUGGAGUGGUGGUUGCUAUUGGGAUUAGUGAACUCAUUUUCGUUGGUUUUGGUUGGUGGAAUGUCUUCCGUAAACGAGUGAAUGAAGAAUUGGUUAAUAUGGGUUACAUUGUAUUAGCCAUGGGAUUCAAAAGAUUUUCAUACGAUGAACUGAAAAGAGCUACUAAAAAUUUCAAGCAAGAGAUCGGGAAAGGAGGGUUUGGAACUGUUUACAAAGGAGAAUUGGAUGAUGGAAGAGUUGUGGCAGUGAAGAGAUUGGAUGGUGUUUUACAAGGAGAAGCAGAGUUUUGGGCUGAAGUUAGCAUAAUUGGGAAGAUUAAUCACAAAAACUUGGUGAAAUUAUGGGGUUUUUGUGCAGAUAAACACCAUAAAAUGUUGGUUUAUGAGUAUGUAAAAAAUGGGUCAUUGGACAAAUUUCUAUUCUCUGAUUCAUCUCAAGUAUUGGGAUUAGAACAGAGAUAUGAAAUUGCAGUUGGAACAGCAAAAGGGUUGUCUUAUUUACAUGAAGAAUGUCUUGAGUGGGUUCUUCAUUGUGACGUCAAGCCUCAAAAUAUACUUCUUGACGAAUCCAUGGAGCCAAAAGUUGCUGAUUUCGGGAUGUCGAAGCUGUUUAGAGAGAUUAAUGAAAGUGGUUUCUCAAAGGUGAGAGGGACCAGAGGUUAUUUAGCUCCAGAGUGGAUGAUGAAUCUUAAAAUUGAUGCAAAGGCAGAUGUUUACAGUUAUGGGAUUGUUGUAUUGGAACUUUUAAGUGGAAAGACUGCAUACGGUUUUGAAUCGUCUACUGUUUGUAAAGAUGGUGGAAGGAAUAUAGAUAUGGUGAAAUGGGUAAUGGAAGUUGCAGAGAAAGGUGAGGUUGAGAAAGUGAUGGAUCCAAGAUUGAAGGUGGAAGAUAAGCAAAAUAAGAAGAAGAUUGACAUAUUGUUGAAAGUGGCUUUGUUAUGUGUGAAGGAAGAUAGAAAUAUGAGGCCUGCUAUGAGUAGAGUUGUUGAACUUCUUACUGGCUACGAAGAACCAAGCUCACAUGGAGAUGUUUGUUGAUCCAAAAAAUCAUUGGAAAAGCAUGUGAUACUUGCAAUUUGUAACAUUUUUCUUUUCCUUUUUUCGUUUAAGAAAAGAAAUGGUAAUGAAUCUGUUUAAGAAUAAUGUAUAUUACCUCCUGAAUUUGGACUUCCAAUAAGUAAAGAGGUAAAAUAUGUCAAUCAUCUAAGAAUGUAUAUUACCAUAGAACUUUUGCAUGAAUUUGGACUCAUUUCUAAUAAGUAAAGAGAUGAGUGUCCAUAUUUGUACUUUCUUAACAAAAAUUCCAUUCAUUUAAUUUCAAGUGAUUUUUUUAUUUCCUUAA